AUGCCUCCAUACAGGGCCGAUACAAUGGGUGUGGCAGGCCUCCUCAAAUCUUUCCAUCACCCCGAUCCCGCUCCCUAUCCCCCAUCCCUCACACCUGACAUCCUCACUUCUACGCCAUUAGCACCAAACAACUUCACCGCGGAUCCGGAACCUUACCUGGGCUACGAACCUCCCUGGCUACCAGGCGGUAUCAUGGGUGGCGCUGUAUUCCUUAUCACCUACCUAUUUUGCUGCAAACGGAUUCCGCGAAACGCCCGGCGGCGAGCACGGCGGGAGAGGAAUACAGAGGAGCGACGCAUGGUUUUAGACAAUAGUUUCCGUUUGCCAUGGUACCUUUAA